UGUGCGUGUGCGUGCGUGCGUGCAUGCUUAAGCGUGUGUGUGCGAGUGUGUACGUACCUUGCUCUAUGUAGUCAGCAAGUUAAAAAAAAGAACGGGGUCUGUUUAGCAGAUCCCUUAAGAUGAAAGGCUAAUUUAAACCUCAGUUCAUAGAACACACACACAUACAUAGAUAUACGCAUACACACUCAUACACAAACACAUACACUCUCGUGCGACUACACACAUACCCCCUUACACACACAGGUACGCGCAAAGUUGUAAAGCCGUGUACCAACCGACAUAGCAGAUAUGAAUGUCUGAGACCCUCAACUUUGUUGCUUUUGAACCGUGGCGAUGAAAAUGAAUUUCACAACAGUAGCGUCACAGACCGUGUCUUUCCAUAAUGGCAGCUACAAUGAAACCCCAUUAGAAUUCAUGGAGACACGCAUCGCUAGAUUCAUCAACCUCUACUAUCCGCCUUUUCUUGUGCUCUUCGGUACAGUCUGUAACAUUCUUGUCGUAAUUGUGAUGACCAGUCGGUAUUUCUCUUCCGUUUCCACCGCCAUAUACAUGCUAGCCGGAGCUCUGGGGGAUGUCCUUUGUUUCCUCAUAGCUUUGCCUGCUCACUGGGUUUAUGUCAACUUCCCACAUGCCGUCGAACGUACAGACGACGCACAUUAUAUGUGUAAGUUCUUCAAUUUCUUUGGCUGGGGUAGCAGUGACUUCGGGAUUAUUCUCACAGCAGCCAUGGCGGCAGAUAGAGCAAUCGCCAUUUUGUUUCCGUUCAAAGCCAAUAGACUGUGUACGCCACGACGCGCAAAGUCCGUAGUUAUUGGAUUACUUGUCGGCGUCAGUGUCAAGGAGUCACACUUCCUGUUUGUGUCAGACAUCGUGCCCGAAUUCCGCAACGACCGCUUGUGCACGGUCACGGAACCAAACGAGAUUUACAGGUGGUUUUGGCGGGAUGUUUGGCCGUGGAUUCACACUGUCUUCCUUCUUAUCUCCUUCAUCAUCAUCAUCAUGAGCAACAUCGUCAUUAUAUUUUACUACCGGAAAUCAAAACGACUUCCGGUCAAUCGUGAGAUCCGAGGAGUGUGCGAGAACUCUCGUACACGUCAAAUCAGUACCAUGCUACUGGUAGAAUCGUUUGCCAUAAUCCUGCUCACGUUUCCGUUUUGUAUGCACACAGCGUUCACAUCCCACAGACAAUACAAUUUGGAAAGUCCGAGGGAGAAAGCCGAAAACCUGUUGCUCUUCUCCGUUGUCUUCUACCUUCUCUACACCAACAAAUGUGCCACCUUCUGUCUCUAUUGCAUCACGGGUUCGAGAUUCAGAUAUGCCCUCUGUGACAUCUUUUGCCACGGACGGUUCACCCGGCGUGCAGACAAGAUCCAGAGGGGGAAAUGCUUAUCACACUCACAUUUCUCCAUGAACCACAUGGCUGUACAUCUACACAACCCACCCUAAUCCACCUUACAUCGCUCGAAGCAGUGGUGAGUCAGGGGUGGUUUUUAGAGUUAGGAGCACUACAUUGAUACAGCAUACUCUUCAUACACAUCACCGCCGUCGUCGUCAUAGUUGCCAAUAUAACCACGGCGGCGACGACGACCACCGUCACCACCACUGUCAUCAUCAUCAUCACCACCACCACCACCAGCAUCAUCAUCGUCGUCUUCUUCGACAUUAUUAUCAUCAUAAUAAUCAUCACUAGAAAUACCGCUGCCGCCACCAUCUUCAUCACCAUCACCACCAUCGUUAUCGUCAUUGUCGUUUUCGUUGUCUACAUUUAGAUAAAGGUUCCAAACCUGAUGUCGCUUCUAAUC